CCAACGAGUUUAGUUUGUAAUCAGUCAUUGAACGGAUAACAACAGAACAGUAGUAAUUAUUAACCAUAUACUCGUGCAAAAAAAAAAACGGAGAAAAUCUAAAUUGCUACAUCAAAACAAUGAGUGCCGAAAUCAGUGUAAAAGAAAAAUUAAAACUUCUCAAAACAUGGUUUCGUGAAAAUCCCAAUCUGCCGGAAGAAAUCGACCCUACACUGCUAAAGCGUUUUUUUAAAUGCAUGAACGGCGAUUUGGAGGAAACGAAAAAAUUGGUGGAACACAAUUACCUCUUGCGAAACAAAACACCACAGAUAUUCAUUGAUCGCAAUCCGGAUGAUGAAGCAACGAAAAAAUCAUUUUUCGAUGUAGAAAUGGUUCCAUUGCCUGGUCUAACACCGGAAAACUAUAAAGUAUUAUGUUUUCGGAUGGUCAACAAGGAUCCUAAAACCCAAAAUAGCAUAGAGGAAAGCAAAGCCUUCUUCAUGAUGACCGAUACACGUUUUACCUUUGACGACGUUACCGAUAAGUUCCUGGAUGUGGCGCCGAACUCGGCGACAACCGAUGAUGACAAAGACUGCAUUGAUGAUGACAUGUCUUCUCUGUCGAAUGGUGAAAUACAUAUUGUAGAUAUUGCCAAUUACACGUUGCGUCACAUAGCCAAUAUGUCGUUAAUGGUAAUGAGAGCCUAUAUGAAUUUCCUGCAGGAGGCAUAUCCUGUGAGACUUAAGGCAAUGCACAUUAUAAAUUGUCCCACACAUGUUAAUCGCAUGGUGACCAUCACGAAACCAUUUAUAAGGGAAGAAGUCUUCAAUAUGACUCAUUUCCACACAAAGGGACUUGAUUCUUUAUUCGAACAUGUUCCGCGUGAUAUCUUACCCUUGGACUAUGGCGGAAAUGCACGUAGUUUGGCGGACAUCUCAGCUGAUUGGUGGAAAAUUAUACAAAGCAAAAAGACAUAUUUAAUGGAUCCGAGACAUUGGAAAGUUAACAAAACUGAAGAGCCAGCGAGUCGCUGGAGUUUAUGGUGAUUUUAUCGAAUUUAAUUUAGGUGUAUUUAAUUUAAGACUUUGUAAAUGUAUGAGUAUUGUGUGUAUGUGAUAUAAUUGUAAAACAAUUGGAUCUAAAUAUCAUUCUGUAAUUAUUUGUUGUCCAUAUAAUAUGAACCCUUUUAAGGACUUCAUUAAUAAACAAGUAAACAAGCAGUAAGUUCGGCCGAGCCGAACUUUGAAUACCCUCCACCAUUUGGAACGAAUU